AUGACCACUCCUGGCCUCCAUCACCACUCCUGGCCUCCACCACCACUCCUGGCCUACAUCACCACCCCUGGCCUCCAUCACCACCCCUGGCCUCCAUCAUUACUCCUGGCCUCCAUCACCACCCCUGGCCUCCACUACUGCCCCUGGCCUCCAUCACCACUCCUGGCCUCCAUCACCACUCCUGGCCUCCAUCACCACUCCUGGCCUCCAUCACCACUCCUGGCCUACAUCACCACCCCUGGCCUCCAUCACCACCCCUGGCCUCCAUCACCACUCCUGGCCUCCAUCAUCACCCUGGCCUCCAUCACCACUCCUGGCCUCCAUCAUCACCCCUGGCCUCCAUCACCACUCCUGGCCUCCAUCACCACUCCUGGCCUCCAUCAUCACCCUGGCCUCCAUCACCACCCCUGGCCUCCAUCACCACUCCUGGCCUCCAUCAUCACCCUGGCCUCCAUCACCACUCCUGGCCUCCAUCACCACUCCUGGCCUACAUCACCACUCCUGGCCUCCAUCAUCACCCUGGCCUCCAUCACCACCCCUGGCCUCCAUCACCACUCCUGGCCUCCAUCAUCACCCUGGCCUCCAUCACCACCCCUGGCCUCCAUCACCACUCCUGGCCUCCAUCAUCACCCUGGCCUCCAUCACCACUCCUGGCCUCCAUCACCACUCCUGGCCUACAUCACCACUCCUGGCCUCCAUCAUCACCCUGGCCUCCAUCACCACCCCUGGCCUCCAUCACCACUCCUGGCCUCCAUCAUCACCCCUGGCCUCCAUCAUCACCCUGACCUCCAUCACCACCCCUGGCCUCCAUCAUCACCCUGGCCUCCAUCACCACUCCUGGCCUCCAUCAUCACCCUGGCCUCCAUCACCACCCCUGGCCUCCAUCACCACCCCUGGCCUCCAUCAUCACCCUGGCCUCCAUCACCACCCCUGGCCUCCACUACUGCCCCUGGCCUCCACUACUGCCCCUGGCCUCCAUCACCACCCUGA